AUGGCGCAGGUGCAGAGUCCUGACCGUGACUUCACUAACAUUCCAUUGGAUGGAGAUGCUGCUAUGAAUGCCAAGAAGAAAGCCCCAAGGCGUAUUCUUCACUUUAGUGAUGGUACACUUGAGGAAUACUCAUCUGAUGAAGAAAAUGAUCAGGGGCAAAACCAAAAUAAUUCAACCACAGAUCCAUAUGAGAUACGAGUGCAUUCACUCCAGUGGCUACCAUGGAUUUGGUAUUAUUUAGCUUUAACUUUUACUAAAACAUUCAGUGCUGCUGACACUUGUGGAGAGAAGCUAGCCUGGUUCUUUGGUAUCACUUCACCUAAGUAUCAGUCUGCCAUUGAUGAAUAUUAUCGGGCUAAGAGUUUGGAAGAGAAAGAAAAAUCUGAAGACACUAUUCUACAAAGUGUCCAAACUGAGGAAAGUCUUACUGUGACAACUGCUCCUCAACCAAGUGGGCCUCCACCCUAUGUAGUCACAGAGCCAGUUCCUAACAAGGAUUAUCAACAAUUGGACAAAUACUAA